AGGGAGGAGCUGGGUGUUGCCUCUGUCUCCGAACUGAAAUCCAGAUCCUCAGUUGAGCUCCAGCUAGUCGCACGCUGCCGACACCAUCCCGUUAACUCUGCGCCACAUCUCUCUGUCUGACGGACCGCCAUGGGGGUCGAAGGCUGCACCAAAUGCAUCAAGUACAUGCUCUUCUUCUUCAACUUCAUCUUCUGGCUUGCAGGAGGUGUAAUCUUGGGCGUGGCCCUAUGGCUGAGACAUGAUCCCCAGACCAGCAGUCUUCUGGGACUUGAAUUUGAUGGAGCCCAGGCCCCCAGCACCUUCUACAUCAGUGUCCACAUCCUGAUCGCUGUCGGCGCUGUGAUGAUGGUAGUCGGGUUCCUCGGGUGCUAUGGUGCCAUCCAGGAGUCCCAAUGUCUCCUGGGAACUUUCUUCGCCUGCCUGGUCAUCCUGUUCGCCUGCGAGGUUGCAGCUGGAAUCUGGGGCUUCAUGCACAAAGACACAGUGUCAAAGGAGAUGAUCAACUUCUAUGACUCUGUGUACGACAAGGCCAUAACAUCAACUAUUGUUGAACAGGAGAAGAAACAGGCAGCCUCCUCUGUGCUCACGGUCUUCCAUGAGACGCUGGAUUGCUGUGGUAAAGGCCAGGGGACUGCUUUCCUGACCAGAAUUACAGACACACUCGGCGUGACCAAUUUGUGCCCCAAAGGAACUACAACUAGUUGCCACGAUAGGAUCCAGGAAUUGUUCUCAGAUAAGAUUUAUCUGAUUGGUAUCGCCGCUCUGGUGGUCGCAGUUAUUAUGAUCUUUGAGAUGAUCUUCAGUAUGGUGUUGUGCUGCGGGAUCCGCAACAGCCCGGUCUACUAAAGCGACGGUCAUCUUGACCAAUGAAGGAAGGACGACCUCGCAGUCUCCGUCUCAUUCUUUCUCUUCUUCUUUUCUAAGCAGGAAACGUCACAUAUUUAGCUUGCUGGAUUUAGUCAGCUCUUUGAGAAGACAAUGUAGACCAUCCUCCAUUGAGCUUUUUUAUUACACUGUCAACAAAUUUUUUGUUAGUCACAGAUGUUGUUAUGCAUAUUUGACCAGUGCUAUCCUAACCUGAUAUGUAGAUAUUAUAUCACACGGUCACACAUGAUUUACAUUUACCAGCUCAGUCCAGCUGGUGAUCUAAUCCUUUAGUGAUUAAUUAGUUGUUUACUGCUUCCUUGCCUAUGAACAUGCUCUUAUAUUCUUGGUUUUAUGGAUGUUUUUUCACUGUUUUAUGUAUAAACUGUAUAUAAAUAUAUAUAUUAACAGUG